AUGGAGGCAGAAGACGAGCUGUGUUUCCCUCUCAUCAACAACUCGUGCAGGAAGAUCCUCCACUCCAGCCCAGACGCAGCUUUGGGCCUCAGCGCACUCACCACCAUCACCCUGCUCACUGUGCUGCUCAACCUGCUGGUCAUCAUCUCUAUCGCCCACUACAGGCAGCUCCACACCUGCACCAACCUCCUCCUCCUCUCUCUGGCCGUCGCAGACCUGAUGGUGGGCACACUGGAGAUGCCGGUGGAAAUCCUCCUUUAUCGCGGAUGCUUCUUUUUAGGAGACUUUGUGUGCAGCAUGUAUGGCUUCGUUAGCUUUCUAGUGAUCAGCGUCUCUGUGGGUAACAUGGUGAUGAUCUCUAUAGACCGAUAUGUCGCUAUUUGUGAGCCUAUGUCUUACCACACAAAAGUCACUUAUAAACGGGUUCAGGUUUGUGUUGUUUCGUGCUGGUUUUUUUCUACAGUGCACGCCGCCUGGAUGUCGAGGGAGCUCCUUCAGCGUCCCGACAGGUAUAACUCCUGUUUCGGAGAAUGCGUCAUAGUCGUGAAUGAGGCCGAAGCGGCGUUUGACCUGCUCGUGACGUUUUUGGCGCCGAUCAGUGUGAUAACAGUGUUGUAUAUGAGAGUGUUUGUGGUGGCAGUGACUCAGGCUCGAGUGUUACGUUCUCAGGUUACAUCUGUGUCAGUGAAACGUUCAGGGGCCAAGAAGUCGGAGCUGAAAGCGGCGAAGACCCUCGGACUGGUCAUCCUCAUGUUCAUCGUUUGUUCUUGUCCGUAUUAUGUUUAUACUCUGUUAUAUGACAGUGGCCUCACACAGUCCUCGGGCGCCGCGGAGCUGUGGCUCAUUUAUCUGAACUCCUGUAUAAAUCCCAUCAUCUACGCCUUUUGUUACCCGUGGUUUUUGAGGGCCAGCAAAAACAUUGUUACGCUUCAGAUUUUAAAGUCGGGCUCCAGUGACACGAUCCUACUGUAA